UCAGUCUCCAGCGCGCUCCCCUCCUCGCUAGAUGGUGUGCGAGCCCCCCGAGCACAGGCUGCUCCGCGCUCGGGCCGGGGGAGAGCAGCCGCAGCCGCAGGAGGAGGAGGAGGAGAGGCACCGCUCCGCCAGUGCCCGCGCUGCCUGGCUGCAGGGAGCACCGGGGGCCGGGGGCCGGAGAGGAGCUGGAAGCGCAGCGCUGAGCAGGGAUGGACAUGAUGAUGCUGGUGCAGGGCGCUUGUUGCUCCAACCAGUGGCUGGCCGCCGUGCUCCUCAGCCUCUGCUGCUUGCUGCCCUCCUGCCUCCCGGGUGGACAGAGCAUGGACUUCCCUGGGGCAGCUGUGGACAACCUGGUGGUCAGGAAAGGGGACACGGCUGUGCUUAGGUGUUUCUUGGAAGAUGGAGCUUCAAAAGGUGCCUGGCUGAACCGGUCAAGUAUUAUUUUUGCAGGAGAGGAUAAAUGGUCAGUAGAUCCUCGAGUUUCAAUUGCAACAGCAAAUAGAAGGGAAUACAGCCUCCAGAUACAGGAUGUAGAUGUGACAGAUGAUGGUCCAUAUACUUGUUCUGUGCAGACCCAACACACUCCUAGAACAAUGCAGGUGCACCUAAUUGUACAAGUUUCUCCAAAGAUAUAUCAUAUUUCAACUGACAUUGUUGUAAAUGAAGGGAGCAAUGUUACUCUUGCGUGCUUGGCGACAGGAAAACCAGAACCUUCCAUUUCGUGGAGACACAUCUCUCCUUCUGCAAAACCGUUUGAAAGUGGUCAAUAUCUGGACAUCUAUGGAAUUACAAGAGACCAAACUGGGGACUAUGAAUGCAGUGCAGAAAACGAUGUUUCAGUCCCAGAUGUGAGAAAAGUAAAAGUCACAGUAAACUUUGCACCCACAAUUCAGGAACUUAAAUCAAGUGGUGUGAUGCUUGGAGGUAAUGGAUUGAUAAGAUGUGAAGGUGCGGGAGUUCCUACUCCAGUCUUUGAGUGGUACAAAGGAGAGAGAAAACUGAUCAAUGGUCAACAAGGAAUUACUAUUAAAAAUUAUAAUACAAGAUCACUUCUUAGUGUCACCAAUGUGACAGAGGAACAUUUUGGCAACUAUACAUGUGUCGCUGCCAACAAGCUAGGACUGACCAAUGCCAGCCUCCCUCUCAACCCUCCGAGUACAGCCCAAUACGGGAUUACCGGUGGUGCUGAAGUUCUGUUCUCCUGCUGGUACCUGUUGACACUGUCCUCUUUCACCAGCAUAUUCUACCUGAAGAACAUCAUUCUACAAUAAAUGUAAAGAACCAUAAAAGGCUUUUAAGGAUUCUCUGAAAGUGCUGAUGACUGGAUCCAAUCUGGUAGAGUUUGUUAAAAGCAGCGUGGGAUAUAAUCAGCAGUGCUUACGUGGGGAUGAUCGCCUUCUGUAGAAUUGCUCAUUAUGUAAAUACUUUAAUUCUACUCCUUUUUUUUUUUGAUUAGCUGCAUUACCUUGUGAAGCAGUACACAUUGUCCUUUUUUAAGACGUGAAAGCUCUGAAAUUACUUUUAGAGGAUAUUAAUUGUGAUUUCAUGUUUGUAAUCUACAAGUUUUCAAAAGCAUUCAGUCAUGGUCUGCUGGGUUGCAGACUGUAGUUUACAAAAAAAAAAAAAGUAUAUUGCAGUGAAAAUGUGAUUCUUUAAGGCUGCAAUACAAAUAUUCAGUUCCCUCCUUAAAUAAGAUUCUGUCCACAUUUACACACAACCUUUUUUUUUCUUUUUUGAUAAAAAAGAUCAAAUAAUAUUGCCUUCAAAAUACUUCAAAAUAUAACACAUAUCUAGAUUUUCGUCUAGCAUGAUAUUCAGGUUUCAAGAAUGAGCCUUGUAUAACAACUGCAUUGUGCAGUUCUGCUUUUUUUCCUGUAAAUUCAGCAUGGGUGUGCCUUCAUAGAAUACUACUUUUCUCUUCCUCUCCAACAAAUCUGGAAUGUGUUUUGAUAAAUGCUGAGCGUUAGUUGGAGCGUACGUAAUCUCGAUUUGAGGGCAAAGGUGCUAUUGGCGAAAAGGAAUACCUACUCUUCCAUCUCCAGUGGGGUAACGGGACUGUUUCAAACUAUCCACAACAACUAGAUUGCAUGGUGGUUUUUUAGCGAUCAGUCAAGUACAGCACACAUAUAUUUACCUUAUUUUUUCCCUCUGGUGUAGUUAAUCUAUCAAUUCUCUCUGUAAAAUAAGCUUUCCCACUACAAAAUAUAGCACAAUUCUUUUAAGGCAUCUUUUGAAUGUAGCAUUUUUCCCUUGUUCAUUCACAAAGCUUUUUUAUUAUUGGUCAAUACUAUAUGAAUUGGUAUUCUUUUUUGUACUUGAUUUUGUACUGUAUUGGUUAAGCAAGCACUGAUGCUUUCAUUUCAGAAUUUCUUUAAAUGUUAAAAAGCUGAGAAUGAAGGAAGCAUCAGACAUGCAUUUAAAAAAUACAUAUUUAGAAAGAAGUGGCUCCAAUAACUGUAUGUAGUUCAUGGUCCAAAUGCCAAUGGAGUGCAUCUUUAUAGCCAGAAAUUCAUUAAUAAUCUACUAACAAUAUUCAGAUACUUUACCACAAUAGUUUUUUUCACUUCUUAUAAAUGAUUCUGGAGGGCCAAGUCUUGCAGUCCCAACCCAAUGCAGGUUUCCACUGAGUUCAAGUGGAAUUUUACCUCUGUAAAUGAUUAAAUCCUAGAGUAGUAGAUUUUAUCUCUAGAGAUUUAAUAGGCUUGCUUUUUAGAAAUGAGCAUUUACUUUGCUGACUCCAUUUUUUACCCACAUUUCAUUGCCCAAAAGUGCACUUUUAUUCACUUUGAGCACAAAAUUGAAUGGGCAGUAUUGAAUACUGAACCGAAAACCUUUACAAAUUUCAUUCUUGAAGGCUGACUGUUUUCACAAACAUGGCAUAUGGCCCUAUGUAACAACCACUGAAGUCAACAUUGACAUCUACUAACUUCAGUGAGUAUUGAAUUGGAUACAGAGAGAACUGCUGGUGGUAUGAAUUUCUAAUAAAUUGACUAAUUACAGUCUAAAACUUUUGUCUAGUCAUAUGCUCAGUAUGGAGAGUGACAGUAGUUAAGACAAACACCUGUUGUUGCAUGAUUAAAAAUUUUAAAUAAGCCGACGGAGCAAUUUGUAUAAAAAAAUAUCAUGUCACUAAACACUGCAUUGCUAGUGUGCUUAUUUUUUUUAGUAUCACUCUCAAAAAUUUGACUCCUUUGCACUCUACUGCAGUCAUUUUUGGUCCUAUGCUAAGUUCUAGAGAUAGCAAUCCUCACUGCAUACUAUAAAAAUCCAGCAUUUCUAAAUUUGGUUUGCAAAUAGCCUAACAUUUAAAACCUAAAUUCUGAAUUUAUUUUGACCCUUGCUAUAUACUACCCCAUUACUGAAAUAUAGACAAGGUUGGCAGUGAAUCUUCUGUAACUACUGAAUGACUCUUAGAUAAGGAGAAUAAAAAAAUACACUGAUUCCAAAAGAUGGCAAUAAAACAUCUGAAUCAUGCUGUUUGUGUUCAGUGAUAAAUUAAAAUAUUUCUAUUGUAUUCUUUUCAGCUUGUGUGCUAAGUAAUUACUACUUUCACAAACAUGGCAUUUUUUAAAACCGUGAUUAACAUGAUAAAGUUUCAUUCUUUGAGGAAGCAGUGUAUAAAAAAGUACAAAACCAUCCUGUACGUUAUCUUGACAUUCAGAUCUCUCUUGUAUUGCAGCUUUAAAGCACUAUGUUCUAGGAUCCAUCCAAUAGAAAGAGUGGUGCUGCAGAAAGUAUCAUAUGUUAGUACAGUAUUACGAAGAAAGAAACAGGUUAAGAAUAUAUAUGACCCAAUUUUAGACUUGCAUGAUUCUAUACUGUAGCUGGGCCAAGGUAAAUGAAUUGUUUUCUUGAUUCCUGGCACCUGGGAUAUGAGAAGUCUGGCAACAGGAUAAAACAUGGUAACAUUUUAUGAAAUAUAUAUAUAUAUAUAUUUUAAAGGGGAUAUGUUGACUUUUUUGCAUCAUGGGAACAUUCUACCAAUAAAGCCAUUGGAAAACAUGGGCCA